AUGAAGUAUUUAAUUAUUUUUUUGAUAGGAAUCGUUGCGACGACCAAUGCAGUUGAAGACCAGAAUUGGUCCGCUGCUAAGGACGCUGAGCAACCUGCGAAUCAAGUACCAGCUGCGGUUCCAGAACAGCCUCUCAACGCAACGCAAUCAUUGAAUGGAACAAAUGGAGCACCAGCUGCGCCUAUCAACGGAGCGCAAUCAGUGAAUGGAACAGGAGUUGAGAAUGGACAGCAAUCAACGAAUGGAACAAACGCAGCGCCAGCUGCCACGCCUCUCAACGCAACGCAAUCAUUGAAUGGAACAAAUGGAGCACCAGCUGCGCCUAUCAACGGAGCGCAAUCAGUGAAUGGAACAGGAGUUGAGAAUGGACAGCAAUCAACGAAUGGAACAAACGCAGCGCCAGCUGCCACGCCUCUCAACGCAACGCAAUCAUUGAAUGGAACAAAUGGAGCACCAGCUGCGCCUAUCAACGGAACGCAAUCAGCGAAUGGAACAAAUGGAGCACCAGCUGCGCCUAUCAACGGAGCGCAAUCAGUGAAUGGAACAGGAGUUGAGAAUGGACAGCAAUCAACGAAUGGAACAAACGCAGCGCCAGCUGCCACGCCUCUCAACGCAACGCAAUCAUUGAAUGGAACAAAUGGAGCACCAGCUGCGCCUAUCAACGGAACGCAAUCAGCGAAUGGAACAAAUGGAGCACCAGCUGCGCCUAUCAACGGAGCGCAAUCAGUGAAUGGAACAGGAGUUGAGAAUGGACAGCAAUCAACGAAUGGAACAAAUGCAGCGCCAGCUGCGGCGCCUCUCAACGCAACGCAAUCAAAGAAUGGAGCACGAACUGCAGCUGGACAACAUCCUGGUAAGCGAGGAGAUCGUAGAAAUAGGACACAAGAUAAGGAUAGAGCAGCUAGUAAUCAGCACCAUCAAAGAAAUUCAAAUCGACGUCGUGGACAUCGGCGACAAAGUCAGGAGUCAUCAGAAGAAGUGAAAAAGGACAAAUCUGCAAAUCAAGCACCAAAAGGAAACCCAACACUACCAGUCAAUCCAGUAAUAGCAGGACUGGCUAAAAAAGGUAGUAUAUUACCUUUUUGGGGAAGACGCUGGGGCUCGCCUUUCGUGCCAAACGCAAAAAAUCCUGUAAUGUUUUAA